AUGGGAACCCUGACCAGAGACCAAUAUGUUUACAUGGCGAAACUCAGCGAGCAAGCCGAGCGCUAUGAGGAGACGGUCAACUUCAUUGAAAGUCUCGUGAGUCGUGACUUCCUCUGCUUCAGCAAUCACCUCUCCGUUGCUUACAAGAACGUGAUCGGCUCUCAUCGCGCCGCGUGGCAGAUCAUCUCGUCGAUUGAUCUGAAUGAGGAGAGCCACAGAACGAUGACCACGUGGCGCUGGUUAAAGAGUAUAGGUCGAAGUUGGAGAAUGAGUUAUCCGAGAAAGCUUGUAACAUGGGAAAACAGGGGUUCUUACUUGGUAUCUCAACAUGCUGACAUUUUACCUGCUUAUGCAUUCAUAUCACGUGAUGAGCUCUUAGCUGGUUCGUUUCACCUUAGUGAAAGUGUGGAUUUUGACAGUUCUAAUUAUGGCAUGGCCUGUUAUAGGCUGUGUUGUAGUUAG